GAGUGCCUAAAAAUCGAGUGGUUAUCUUUUUGAAACGUGUGAUUGACAGAGAAUAUCACUGGAAAAAACGUUAUCGAAAAUAAUGUGAGCAGAAAAGACUACAUAAAUAGCAUAGUUAAUGUUUGAAACAUAAUUGUCGGCCAUCAUCCACUUCAUCUUCCAUGAAUUCAGUUUUGAACAAAAUGUGCAAAGAGUAACUUUUUAUCGAGUCCACAUUUUCAUAGAAGAAUCAUGCAAUAGUGCAUAUACGGUAUUGAAAAAAAAUCUAAAAUUAAAUUUAAAUGACCUUUAUUAAUAAAUCUUACCGGAAAUACGUUCGAAAAAAAAUUUGAUCAAAAUUUUCAUAUUCAUAAUAUGCAUCAAUUUCCGUAUAAUUGCGAAUCUUAUUAAUACUGAAUUUUAAAACUUGAUUCUAAUCUAAAUGAACGAUAAAUAAAAUAUUCGAAAAUGAGGUUUCACAGGUUUCUGAAAUUUUUUUUCUAGAUGUUCGAAACAUCAUCAUUUUUUGCCAACUAGCUUUUUUAUUUGAAAUUACACUUCAGAAAUGUAUUCACCUACGAAGGUGCUUCCAAUCCAGCGUAAGACAAUUUAAUUUUUUAUUGUAGUUUUCGUAUGAUGAAAUUUAUUUCUUCUAUGUAAAUUUCGUACAAGAAUAAAGAGGCGGUGCCAUGUUGCUUGCCCGUUAAAAGUUCAUCCUACUGCUGUCAGAUCCUAUUUUUUUCAAAUUUGAGAUUUCAAUCUGAAAAUUCGUUCAUAUCAAGUGAAAAUGUCUUCACGGCCAUCAACUAACCUGGCAAGAAUUAUUGCUUCGAUUAACCUACAAGAAGACGAUGUGGUCCUUACUCCGGACCCAUUGGCUUUUAAUGGUCAAACAACAAUGCCUAUGUUCGAUUUCAAUCAAAUUCCAGCUCCGAAUUUGGAAGACAGUGUUGACAGAAAGGAUGAUGAAGAAGAGUUUUUCACGGCCUCACCUGGUUCCAGCAAUUCAGGUUCAAUGGUGGAUGUUCCACUUACUGUAGAACUGCUCACUUCUGACAGCAAAUCAACUACUCCGAGACCCAGAAUAGCGUGGGCUAUCCCAAAUGCGGCACAUCAUAAAGGUAGCAGCAAACAUCAGAAGCAGUCAAAGUCUUCUCGGACUUUAUUGAAAAAGGAGGAACGUUCGAAUAAUCGUUUGACAAAUGUUCCAGCUGCAGCUACGUUUGAACAUGACAUCACGUCAGAUGGAUUAGAUAACUGCCCGGAGCGUGAACGGAACAAGAAGCGAAAGCUGAAAAGACGACAAAAUGGCAAUGAUGAGGGAAGCAGAAAAUCUGAGAAAGAGAAAAUACAGUGAAGAGCAGACGACCUUUUGAGACAACAUGAACUAUACCCGACACUUGAAGGACGUCUACCUUGCAUAAAUUCACGAUUUCAAACCGAACCCUUCUCACCCAUAAACACAAAACCCUUUGUGACGCAUAUUUUUGUUACUUUCUCUGUUCAAAUUUUCUGCUUUAUGUAGUUCCAAUUUUUCAACAUAUUUUAGCAAAAGUUUUUUGUAUUCCGGAUAAUGUCUCUACUGUAUCCAUGAUGCUAAUUUUGUUUGUUAAGAAUUUUACAUUUAAUAUUGUAUUUUUCGCUAAGUCGAAGUAUAAAGUGUCAUCAAAUUU